GAGAGAGGGCACAGAUCGACGCAGGACUUGGACCAGGGUUUCGUGGAGAUGCUGUCCCCGCUGUGGAGAUGGAUCAUCCUCUGAGUUCUGUCACCUCGUUUGUAAGGAGAUGGCUUUGCAACCGGCGUCACUCUUUGUGGAUACUGCUCAUCCUGCUUGUGGUCUGUAUUACCAUUCAGACCCUUGUUGCCCGCCAGGCCAGGAGUGACAAGUCAACGGGGCUGUCAAAUCUGAGAUUCACUGUCAACAAUGACCACCUGUUUCCUGCUCCACAAAAUGUUUGGGAGGACCUGCAUUCUGAGACUUUACUGGCAGGGAAGCAAGGCGUGCUGAGACCAGCGCAGAGUGACAGGGCUUCAGAUCUUCAUCAUCAGAAUGGGGGCCACGAAAAGCCAUCUGAAACUAUUCUGCAGAGACAUGGGGAUAAUACCGAGACCUUUGCUUCAAGAGAAGUGUCACCUGGAAAGCCGCCUCUGCCAAAACAUGAGCCUCCAGGUUCGUUGGCCCUCGACAGUACUAGGACAGGUUUAACCACACAGGGAGACAGAAGGCUUCCCAACACGCCCACUCCAUUCACUUUUUUCAAGGAUCACCUCCACAGCGCAGCCCACGCACAAGCAACCUGCCAACCAAAGUCUCGCAUCGUUUUCCUGAAGACACACAAAACAGCCAGCAGCACCAUCUUAAAUAUCUUGUAUCGCUAUGGCGAAAGCAGGAAUUUGACCUUCGCCCUCCCUCUGAACAAACACAGCCAGUUGUUUUACCCGUUCUUCUUUGCCUCGCAUUUUGUGGAAGGUGUCAGCAGCAGAAGUGUGAGGGAGUUCCACAUCAUGUGCAAUCACAUGAGGUUCAAAAAAUCCGAGGUGGCAAAAGUGAUGCCUGAGGAUUCCUUCUACUUUUCCAUCCUGAGAAAUCCCGUGGCCAUGAUGGAGUCCAUCUUCAUUUACUACAAGAGCAUUCAAGCCUUUCAUAAGAUGAACAACCUGGACGACUUCCUAGAAAACAGCUGGAGAAGCUACAACUCCUCAGUAAUCAACAACCACUAUGCUCACAAUAUCCUAGCCUUUGACUUUGGUUUUGACAACAACAUUACAGCUGAUGCUGAAGACCUGGAGGACAGAACCAGAAUGGUUAUUGCUGCCGUUGAACGGGAAUUCCACCUUAUUCUUAUUUCCGACUACUUUGACGAGUCAAUGAUCUUGCUGAGGCAUGUCCUCUGCUGGUCCCUGGAUGACGUGGUUUCCUUUAAGCUCAACAGUCGCAGUGAGCGAACUCGUCGGCCUCUUUCGGCAAUCACAGCAGAGAAAAUCAGGAAGUGGAAUGCCCUGGACUGGAGGAUUUACCUGCACUUUAACACCACUUUCUGGCACAAAGUGAACAGCCUGGUUGGUGAAGAGCAAAUGGUGAGGGAAGUAUCUCAGUUGAGAGAGCUCCGGAACAACCUGGCAAACACCUGCUUAAAAGAUGGAAGGGCAGUGGACCCGUCCCAGGUAAAAGAUGCUGGACUGAAGCCAUUUCAGUAUGGGGCAGCUGUUAUUCAGGGCUAUAACGUAAACCCACACAUCGACAGAGAAACCAGAGCAAAAUGUGAGAGACUAAUUACUCCUGAGCUUCAGUACACGGAACGUCUGUACACACAGCAGUUCCCUGGGAUCGCUGCUAAGCCAAGGCGGUUAUCGAGGGUAGUUCGUUCACAGAGUCUCCAUCCGGACAGAACUGAGACGACGGGACUGGCCCGGAACAGGGACGCCUACCAGAGACGCUUUAUAAGACGCAGAUUCUCAAAUCUCAAGAACUUAAAGGCCUUUACAAGUGCCUUGUCAGAAGCUAACUACAGAGAACGGUCGUGAGGGAUGGUAAUUGUCCUUAAAUGAUGAUCUCUGUUAAUACUAUCAGGUAUGAGAGCAGCUGGUCCAUCUAAUGCUACAUUUCUAUAAAGCAUAAUAUAAAAGCUAAGCUGCACAAAGCAGCUAAUUAUCUGAAUAUGAUUAUUAUUGAGGAAAUGAUGUUGGUGCCUUUUUAAAGUAUUUAAAGUAACUAUUUCAGAAAUGAAUCAUAAUGUGUAUUUUCUGCCUCUCCUCAGCAGCCUUUAAAGUAAGUUAUGUUAUCAACAUCCUUGGUCCAACUCUGCACUAAACACACACAACUGUAUCCUGGAACGAAUGUAAAUCAGCCUGCAUCUUUAAUAUUCUUUCAAGAUAUUUGGAAGAGCCUUAUCUGUUCGAGAAGGUUAUUUAAUGUUAUGUGCAUCCUUCUGUCUGUGGUGUCUCAUUUACCGAGUUGAGAUUUGGAAGACUGUACGCGGUCGACAUCAAAAUGCUCCGUCUGCAGUUACAUAGAUUAGGUUUUAAUCGUGUUUGUCAGGACCAGAGUGACGUACUGUAAAAACCUAUCAUAAGCUAUGUGAAUGAAGGAUGCCUCUCUGUCCGAUCGCCUUCUUUUGAUGUUUUGUAGUGAUAAGGAUUCAUUGAAUGUGUGAGUAUAUAAUCAAAUGGGGGGGGGACUUGUGAUUAAUUGAAAUGAAAAUAUUUAUAAAAUUAACUGGAUGUUUUACAGUCUUGUUUCACUUAAAUAAAGCUCGACAAAUGAAGUAGCUGGAUAACACACAAAAGCUUCCGUGAAUAAUGUGUAGUACGUACUGUAUUCUUUUCCCUAAAAUCAUUGUGUAUGCUGAAAAUUGAUCAAUAAUAAGCACAGGUUUGAGUUGAUUGUUGAGAUGUAGCUCACUGUCACAUAUUUCACAUUCAUUGUAGCAGUCCAGCUUUAAUUUACUAGCCCUGAGAUACAUACAGUCAAGAAAACGACAAAGAAUAAUAUCUCAACUGGUGGCAAACAAGAUAAAUGUUCUGUGUUUAUAUAAUGCUAUAAUCCUAGUCUUGGAAAACACUUUGAGUGCUUUAGAAAACAAUUUGCAUACACUCUUUUCUAUCACACUUUAUGUAUCCCUCGCUGCCGGCAUAGCCAUGAGGAAGAAUUAGGUUAGACGCCGACCGAUUAAUCUGUUUGGCCGACUUACCAGGCUGGUUCUUGCCUGUUCCUCCAUUUCAAAUAAAUAGGCUGAAAAUGCUGUUAAAUAAUUGUGAUGAUA